CAAUGGUCUUGUCCAGUGUCGCUCUGCGCUCCGCGGCCGCCGUCCGACGCGCGACGAGUGCUUCGCGCUUCGCGUCGCGCCCGCACCUUGUUGUUGUUGUUGUUAUCGUUUUGUUGUUAUUGUCGUCGAACGCACUUGUCGGGUACCCGCCACCAUGUAGGCCGCGCGGCGAGGUGUGGUGUCUAGAACCAAGCAGAGGGGCGGCCCGUCAGGACCCGUCAGGAUGACGACCUUUGUGUACAUGAACGGCCACCUGACCGACAUCAUUGUCGGCCCCGCCCGGCCGCCGCCCGCGCCCUCGCGCUCCCCGCGCACCCUGCCCCGCGUCCCCGCGGCCCGCGCCCCCGCGCACCGCUCGCGCAGCUGGUCGCACGGCUCGCUGCAGUCGGAGGGGUCGUGGCGGUGCGAGUCCGACCCCGGGGGCGGCGGCGGGGGCGGCCGCGCCGCGCACUACCUGCACCCCGUGGUGACGUACACGCGCCCGCACCACCCGCGCCCGCACCUGCAGGUGCACCCGCGCCCGCACCUGCACGGCUCGCACCCGCACCUGCAGCAUGGCCGUCGCACCUUCCGCCUGCGCAUCCAGCUGCACCGCCCCCUCGCCAGGCGGGCCCGACGGAAGGUCCAGAGGCUGGUGAAGUACGAACAUGAGCGGUGGCAGCAGGGCUGGCAGGAGCUUCGGCGCAGCAGUCAAGAUGAGGCGGAGAGGGCGGCGGCGCGCGGGCCGCACCAGCCCAACGGCGACCUGGACCGCGUGCAGGACAUGUUCCCCUUUGACCUGCUGCUGCUGUACGACGACAACCCCCUCGCCCUGAAGGCAAAGGGGCUGAUGUCCCGCCGGAAUAGCCCGGCGUCCAAGCUGUCCCGAGCGCUGUCCACGAAGACGGUCGCGCGAACAGCUGCCGAGGAUGGCCACGCCCCGCCGGCCCCGGCGGACAGCAGGCUGCAGGGCCCCGGCCCCGGCGGCGGCGGACAGGCGCCCUCCACCAGCGGCGGGGGCGGCGGGGGGCCCGGGGGCGGCGAGGCCGCGGCGCCCUGCCCGCCGCCCCCGAGACUCCUGCGGCAGUUCAUCAUGGAGGCCCCCGCGCAGUUCACAACGGGCGUGCAGGGCCAGGAGCGCCAUCUCUUCCUCUUCUCCGACGUGCUGCUCGUGGCCAAGCCCCGCGGGCCGGGCCAGUACAAGCUCAAGGACAAGGUGCGCGUCGCCAGCCUGUGGCUCACGGCCGAGCCGCAGGCCUUCCCCGAGGUCUGCGAGGUGGCCAAGAGCACCGAGACGUCCUUCGUGCUGGGCUGGCCCACCACCAACGUCGUGGCCACGUUCAGUACGCAAGCUGCAAGGGACCUGUGGUGGACCAAGCUCAAUGAAGCCGUGGCGGACAGCACCGAGAACGAACCCAAGUCAACGAACAUCCAGGUCGUCUUCUACGACAUGGACACCAACAUCGAAUACUGCAAGACGCUGUGCGUACGGCCCGCAGACACGGUCCAGGGCUGCAUCCAGAUGGCGCUGGAGCACCUCGAGAUGCAGGCGCUGGACCCGCACAGCUUCCAGCUGUGGGCCAAGACGCCCGGGGACGACUCGCCGUACCCGCUGGUGGGUCACGAGCGGCCGUUCGCCAUCCGGAUGGGGUGCCUGCGCGACCAGAUGGACCAGGGCGAAGGCUUCGACCUGGACCACUGCAACAACAUGUACGAGCCGCUCAACCCGCGCCAGCGCUGCCAGUUCAUCCUGCGCAACGUGAACCAGCUCACGGAGCAGCAGAAGCAGAAGAAGCCCAAGAGCCGGAAGAGCCCCAUGCGCCUGCGCCACGUCUUCAAGCGCGCCAAGAGCGAGGUGAACGUGGACGUGGAGAGCGGCGGCAGCGCCGGUGGCAGCGCCGAGCCGGAGGAGAAGAAGAAGGGCAGCAAGAAGAACAAGCUGCUCAAGCAGCGGCGCAGCAACAGCAGCGGCCAGGACACGACCGACAGCGGGCUGCCACCCUACCUCGACGAGCAGCCGCUGCCGCAGGGCGACCUGUUCGGCGUGCCGCUGCAGCAGCUGUGGCGCGAGUGCCACGGCCCGGCCGGCCUCGUCGUGGACGACAUCGUCGGCGAGCUCGCCAAGCCCGUCAUGUGCCUGCUGCACCACGUGCUCGCGCACGGCCUGUCCACGCAGGGCAUCUUCCGGCGCUCGGCCAACCAGCGCGCCGUCAAGGAGCUGCGGCGCGCGCUGGACGGGCCCGCGGCCAGCGGCACUGCCGUCGGCACGGCCGGCAUGUGGGAGGGCGCGCACGCCGAGGCGGCCGCCGCCCUCAUCGACAAGGCCAGCGUGCUCACCACCUCGUGCGCGCUCAAGGAGUUCCUGCGCUGCUUGCCCGUGCCGCUGCUCGUGCCCGAGCUGUGCGCCGACUGGCUGGCCGCGCACCACGUCCCCGCCCACCCCAACAACGGCGCCAAGCUGCAGCGGUACGCGGCCGUGGUGGCGCAGCUGCCCCGCUGCCACCGCGGCCUGCUCGCCUACCUGCUGUGCCUGCUGCACACCAUCGCCGCGCACAGCCACAUCAACCUCAUGGGCUCCCACAACCUGGGCGUCGUCCUGGCGCCCAGCCUGCUGCGCGCGCCCUUGCACGCGCCGCCCGAGCUGGAGCAGGUGCUGACCGUGUCCACGCCCGCCAUCGUCAGCUUCCUCAUCGACAACUGCCAGGCGCUGUUCGGGCCCGCCGUCACCAAGCUGCUCGGCGAGCUCCCUCCGCCGCAGGACAGCGGAGCCGAGGAGUCCGACAGCCUGCACUCAGGCGGCCUGGACAGCCUGGAGCACCUGGAGCCGUGCCCGCCGCCGCGCAAGGACAAGAUGUCGCUGAGCAGGGACUCGGGCCUCACCAUGAGCGACUCGCAGCUCUUCACCCCGGACGAGGAGGAGAGCGGCUCCACCAGCUCCUCGGGCUCCGGCCGGCCGGCCAACCGCUACAAGCUGUCCGUUACGGCCGCCUCCAGCCCCGGCCAGGGCGGCGUCCCGGGCCAGGGCGGGUCGGCGCCGGCCUCGGGCUGCAGGCAGUACGUGCGCGUGUACGGCGGCUGGGAGGAGCGGCGCGCGGGGCUGUACAGCGCGUGCAGCAGCCCCCGCACCCAGCAGCUUCCCUCGGCCACCUCCACGGGCACGGGCGGCGCCAGCCCCACCAGCCCCACCGGCAGCGCGUCCACCCCCACCGGGGCGGGGCCGUCGCCGUUCAAGCGCGAGGACUGGUUCCGGCAGCGCUCCGCCCUGCGCAGGCUGGCCAGCGGGGGCGCGGGCAGCCCGUCCAGCAGCAGCAACAGCUACAGCCCCGCCAGCAGCCCCGGGCCGCAGGCGGCCGCCGGCCAGCAGGGCCCCGGCUCGCUCGGCCACAGGGACCCCGCCGGCCUGCAGGGCAUCUACGGCAACCUGGCGGGCGAGGCCGCCGGCGACCCGGCCUCCCCCACCCCUCCGCACCGCGCCGCGACCAUCCGCCGGCUGGAGAACGCCCGGCGGGACCGGCUUCGACGUAGCGCGUCGGAGGAGUCGCUGCUGGAGCGGCCGCGCCGCGCUGGUGGCCCCGCGCAGCAGCCCUGCGGGCCGUGCGGGCGCGCGCUGCCGGCGCUGCCGCCGCAGGACCUGUACGCCGCGCCGCUCAGGGCGGGAGCAGCGCCAGCGCCCCGGAUGGCGCGGUCGCGCAGCGCCUACCACCUGGCGCCCGCCAGCCAGCGCCUGUCCGUGUACCACGAGGCGCUCCAGCAGGACGCCGACCUGUACGGGUACGCGUGCGUGCGCGGCGCGGGGGCGCCCUCCAGGCCCGCCAGCAGCAGCAACAAGAGCGCCGAGGAGUCGUACGACUCGAGCACCCUGUCGGACGACGACUCGACGCCGCACGUCUCGCGGUCCAACUCGCGCAGCAAGGAGCCGUGGAGCCCCGGCUCGACCGCGUCC